GAGAAAUAUGGUACAUUAUCAGUUAUAUCAGCCAAACGACAGUAAAUAUCGUACGAUGUCUAAGCAUUAAAAUCAAUUACACGGUUUUGAAGAGUAAUCUAUAUAGGCCCAGACAGAAUAAUGUAAUAAUGUAUAAAGUAUAUUUUAUCCACAAGUGGAUAGGCCAGAAUAAUGAAUAAUAUGGACAUGUGCAGAUUAUGUAUGAAAGCAGAAUUGCUACUAGAUUUAUAUGAAAUAAAUAAGGAAAGCACACUUGCUAAGAAAAUUUAUUUUUGCAUCGACAUUGAGGUUCCAUCAGAAGAUAAUCUUCCAUCAUUUAUUUGUAAACAAUGCUUCAAGAAAAUUAAGAAAUUCUAUACUUUCAAAUACAAAAGUUUGAAAGUGGACAUUGCUCUUAAAAAUAUGAAGUACCAUACAAUAAAUAAUAUAAUAUUGGAUGAUGAUUUAAAUUCAUUAGAUAAUGAAAUUAAAGAAUCUAAAGUGAUACAAAAUAAGAGUACAUUUGUCGAAGCAACUGAUAUAUUAAGCCAACAGAAUGCUUCCUCUAUUAAGAACAAAAUAAAUAUAAUCCAAAAGACACAGAAGAAAACCAAUAACACAAACAGUAAUUACCAGUGUGAACUUUGUGGUCACACAUUCAAAAUGAAAACAGUACUUGAAAAACAUUUAAUGAUACAUUCUGGUAUCAAGCCAUAUUCUUGUAAAAUCUGCCCAAGAAGAUUUGCUAGAGCUGAGAAUAAAAUAAUACACAUGAGAUCUCAUUUAGGAAUAAAACCAUUUAUUUGUGAAAUUUGUGGUAAAACAUCAACAAAAAAUCAAGAUUUAAAGAGACAUAUGAAAGUACAUAAUGAUGAGAGAAAUUAUUCAUGCUCAAGAUGUAAACUUAAAUUCAAACGAUCAAGUGAUUUAACCAGCCAUAUGCGCACCCACACUGGGAUUAGACCAUAUUGCUGCCUAACUUGUACAAAAAGAUAUGCAUCUCACAGUGGUCUAAGCAAACAUUACAAAAAAUGUUGUAGAAAAGAAAUAAUCUAAAGAAAAAUAACAGAUUAAACUUGCUGAUUCAACUAACUAAAAAAGUUUUUGAUAUAUCACUUCCUUUUUCUUUUUUGUUUGCUAUUCUUGAUCCAAACUGUAAAGCUCUCUUCGGUAAUAUUGCAACACCAGUCAGCCCAUAUUUGAAAG